AUGAUGAUGAACCAUCGCCACCAACCGAAGACUUUGGUACCUUUCAAAACAUCAUUGAAUUGGGAUGAUGAUCUCUUUCUUUUGGAUGGAUUGGAAGAAGAACAAGCAUUGGAGAGCUCUUCCAAUGAUCCAUCCAAUAACAACAAUAACAACAAUAAUCUUCUUAAUCAUUUAUCUACGAACACGGAGAGGAACAUCAAACAACAACAACAUGCACCAACUCUCAAGCUUGAUCCACCAGUACGAUCAAGAGUACACAGUACUCCAUGGAACCAUAACAACAAUAAGGAUUCAACAAAUUCGAGAAUCAUCAUUCCAUACCAUGAUGAUGAUGAUGCUUGUACUUUAAGCAUGCUGACACCUCUCCUUAGUGAAUCACACAAUAUUCCUAAGGUCGUAACAACCUUCUCAUCGUCACCACCACGAGGUAUUUCCAAUCACAUAUUCACGACCAAUAAGGUACAAUCCACCAAUCUACAACAUCAUUCUUCAUUGCAUGAUUCAAGAACAACUUUUAAUAGUGUCACAACAACAACUCCAACCACUACCGCCACAACCACCAACACCACAACAACCACUAACACGAGAAGUGCUUUGAAAUUUGUUCCUCCACCAAGUUAUAGAAAUCAAACCAUAGGUACCGUGGCUCAACAACCAUCAAGAACUUCUAUUCAACAUCAUAGUGAAUUAUACAAAAAUAAUAUACAAAAUAAUAAUAGACAUCCGAUCAUAAUGCCAAAUACUGUAAAGUUUGAACCUCCAACCAUCCUUACUGUCCAUUCCAAACCUUCACACGUACCACAAGUGACAGCAUUGAGCAUUGGCACUCAUUCACUCACUUCCAACAACUCUCCUAUUGUUACGAGAGGUUUAACAACAUCUGAGAAUCAUGUUAAACCUCUUGCCAGCGCUACUACAGCAGUAACAAACAAAUCUCCUCAGAAAUUUAUCCCUCCUCCCAAGUAUCUCGAAGGUAAAAUGCAGAACCAAAAGAGAAAUUUCAUGAAUUCUCAUGCCUCUACUCGUGAUGUACACGAUCAAUAUAUUGUUUCAAAGACUUUGAGUAACCUCACCAAUCAUGCCGACAUUGCCAAUAAUAAUGAAAUGACAUGGAACACUCACCUUCUCUCUAAGACUCUUAAAAAACCCAAAAUUCAAACACAAUUCACAGAAUUUACUUCCUCAUUAGGAUUGAAAGUGAAGAAAAUAUCUACCAUUUCUCCAAGUCAUUUAUUAGAUGAAUUAAUAUUAGAAUGGUCAAAACAACCAUUGUAUUACUUUUCAUUGAAAAGAGAUGACAAGUCAGGUUCUUCUAGAAGAGUCAGCAAUAUUAGUGCAAUGGUUGUUGGAUGGUCUUCAAUGAAAACGUAUAAUCAUACUACUACAUCUACCAAUUCACAUUCAAUGAAUAAUGAUCUUGAUAGAAAUGAUCUUGAUAGAAAUGAUGAUGAAAUGCAUUCAACGACGAAUCAUGACAGAAAUGAAAGGACUAUUGGUAUGAAUACAAUGAACUCUGGUCAAUUAUUACUUCCCUAUGAAGAAUUAAUUACAGAUUUUAACAUUUCAGAUCAAAAUGUUUAUUUCAUUGAAUUUGAACCAUCAAGUCCAUACACUUUAAUGGUAAAAAGGAAAAUUCAAGAAAUGAUCUUCUCCAAGACACAUAUGAUUGCAUGUAGUUUUAAUAUCAAACAACAAUUAGGAUAUUUAUAUGGAGAUUAUUUAUUUGGAACAAGUAGUGGUCAUGCAAAAAGUAGUCAAAAUAAUAGUAAUAGUAGUGGUAAUAAUAGUCAGUCUAUUCAUCCAAGUACUACUAAUACUGCUAAUGGUGAUAAUAAUAGUCAAAGUAUUCAUCCAAGUACUACUAAUACUGUGAGUACUACUGUGAGUACUACUUCUACUACUACUAGUAAUACUACUAGUAAUAUUAGAGAUCACACCAGUACUACUACUACUACUACUAGUAAUAUUAGAGAUCACACCAGUCCAUCCUCUCACACUCAUGAAUACUUUGAAUUCAAUAAUCUAUGUUUUGAUCCUCUUAUUAUGGAUUGGAUGUGUGAUACGAGUUUAGAACACAAACCUAAAAGUACAAUUUCAGACAUGUAUCAUACCAUGAUUGAGAAUGGUGUACAUUCCAUGAAUGACCACUCCACUAGUACUCUUCAACAGAGUAAUUCAUCGAACAAGAAUUCUCAAACCAAAUCUAAAAAGAAUUCGAAAAAGAAUUCGACAUUCUCAGAUCAUCAUACAUCCAUGAUGGAUCCAUCCAACAUACUUGCCAAUGAUUCAUACAUGUCCUAUGCUUGUAUGAACAAAUUAUAUCAACAAAUUAUGGAUCUUGGUUUAACACAACCAUUUAUUAAGGAAUGUUAUUUAAUUCCAAUUAUAGCAUCGAUGGAAUAUAAUGGAGUGGGAUGUAAUGUCAAACAAAUUGAUGAAUUAUCUAAUUUAGUUACUAAUGAAACAACCUAUCAAACAAGAGAAUUACAACAAUUAUGUGGAUCAAGAAAGAUUACACUCACUAACAAGAAUGAUAUUCAAUAUCUCUUAUAUGAUGUCUUGCAAAUGAAAACACCUUCUCUUACUUGUAAAAAAGGUGCUAAAUCUACGAAUAAGGAUUGUCUACGAAAAUUAUCGAUUCAAUAUCCACAAUAUCGUUAUGUUAUUGAAUCUAUUCAAUUAUUUAGAAAAUUACAAAAUAUUUCAUCUAAAUUUACUCAAGAUUACAAACAAAAAUAUGUAUUCUAUGAAAAAACAUGUUCAAAAUAUUUAAUUCAUUCCAGUCAAGAACAAAACGCAACAUCCACAGGAAGAAUAUCAUCAAGAGAUCCAAAUUUGCAAGCACUUCCAAAACCAUUGUCUUUUUUUAGUCAAAAAUUAGGAAAACAAGUCACUAUAAAUAGUAGAUCUGCAAUUACAGCAACAAGUGAUGAUUGUAUAUUAGUGAGUGCUGAUUUUUCACAAAUUGAAGUUCGUCUCAUUGCUCAUUUCAGUCAAGAUGCAACUUUAUUGAAAAUAUUUUCACAGCAAGAUGGUAUUGACAUUUUUAAACAAAUGGCAAGUGCAUUAUUUGCAACUGAUUAUGAUCAUGUUACAGAUGAACAACGAUCUCAAAUGAAAACAUUAACUUAUGGAAUUAUAUAUGGAAUGGGAGAUGACAAGUUAUCGAUUGCAUUGUUUGAUAGCACUCACAGAAUUGAAGAUGCUAAAAGAUAUCGAUAUAACUUUUUCCAAAGAUUUAAGGGAAUUGAAGCUCUAAGAAACGAAAUUGAAGAGGAGGUUAUGAAUCAUGGCUAUGUUACAACCAUAGCAGGAAGGAGAAGACAUUUAUCCUCUAUUUGGUCACCAGAUAGUACCUUAAUCGCAAAAACAAAACGUCAAAGUUUCAAUUCAAAGAUUCAAGGAUCAGCUGCAGAUAUCAUUAAAGAAGCAAUUCGCACUGUUUGGGAUCGAACAAGACUUGAAAAAAUCGAGAUGAGACUAUUGCUGCAGAUUCAUGAUGAAAUUUUGUUCGAAGUGCGGAGCGAGAAAGUAGAACAAGCAAAACAAAUCAUCAAGGAAUCAAUGGAAUCAUGUUUUAAAUUGUCCGUACCCACACCAGUUGUCAUUUUAACUGGUACAAAUUGGGGUGAUUUGAGUCAGUAA